AUGAAAGCAAGAUACCUUUUCUUCCCAAUCCACCAAAAUUUUCACUGGACAAUACUUGUCAUUGACAUUGAAGAAGCUUCAUGGAAAUUCUAUAAUUCGAUGAGACCAAGGGGAGCAAUGCCUAAAGAUCCACACUUCAAUGCUGCAAAUCAAGUGAGAGAGAUUAUUGAAAAAUACGUAAAGGAUGAGUACCAAACUCUCAUUCACCCUGAUAAGUUUCAACAGCAGACAGAGAACAUCAUCAACACCCCACAACAAGAAAACACAUCGCUUGAUUGCGGAAUCCUUGUUUGCUACAUCAUAAGGCAAUAUGUUUCCAAUAACAACAUAAUGCCUACUUUUUCCAAGGAAUAA